CCAAGAUCUGAGAAAACCGCCAAAAGGUAGACCGUCGGUCUGAGCUGGGUGCAUUGUGGUAUAAAAAGGGCCAUUAUCGUCCAACUGAUCAGAAUUCUCCAUCGCAUCCUGAACAGCUCUCAUCUCACAACACCAGUUUCAAACCAACCUCAGCCCAUCCCAUCGCACCGCUUCCACCAACCCCAACCCCCCUAUCCUCAACCAUGACUGUCGGAAUCACAGGACCCACCGGAGGACUCGGAUCUGCCAUUGUCGACGAGAUUCUUAACCGUUCUCUGGUCCCUACCUCAGACCUCAUCCUGAUCACUCGAGACGAAUCGUCCGCCAAAGCCAAAGAAUACGCCGCCAAAGGAGCUCAGGUCCGCAAAGGAGAUUUCGGAGAUGUUUCUACGCUAGGCUCAGCCUUCAAAGGCGUCGACUCGCUUUUGAUCAUGGCUCCCGGUCACCACGCUGGUCCGCACGGUGUCAAGUACCAGAUCGACGCCAUCGAAGCCGCCCAUGAAGCUGGAGUAUCCAAGUUCUAUCUCGUAUCGAACGUCGCUGCCAAGGCCAAGUCGGACUUUAGCCCGGCCGAAAUUCACUAUGAGGUCGAACAGCAUUUGGAGAAGAAAGGUUACGAUUUCGUCUCGCUUCGAAAUGGAUUCUACCUCUCCGUCGUCGAUACAUUCCUUGGAAACGCUCUGAAAUCCGGGACGUUGACCGCUCCUCCCGAUGGUCAGAUCGCGUGGAUUGACAGGGAUGAAUUGGGUCAGGCCGCCGCUCACAUCAUCACUGGAAAGUACAAGACGAAUGGAAAGUAUGUAGACUUGGUCGGAUCCAAGAGCUGGACACUUAAGGACGCAGCGGACAUCUUAUCAAAAGUCACUGGAAAGGAGAUCAAACGUCAAGAAGUCGAGCCCCAAGCGUUCACCGACGGGGCCAUCGCGGCGGGAGUACCGGAGAUGUGGGCAAGGCUCACCACUGCCAUCGCGACCUGUGCUCAUGAUGGAGAUUGGAGUAAGACCAGUGGACUUGUGGAGGAGAUCCUCGGACAUAAGAACAAGUCUCUAGAAGAGUACAUAGAGGCUCAGUAUGCCAACAAGGCUUAGGCUUAGUAGAGUACGGCCGGUGAUUGAAUCGUAUCUCUCCAUGCAUCUAGUUCGGUU